AUGGACACUGUCGGCCCCUGUGAUCUCCCAGGCGAGGAGCCUCUGCGACAGAGAAACGACGCCAAGCUUACACCCGCGCGAAAGCGCAUCAUCAUCUGCUGUGACGGCACGUGGCAGUCAGCAGUUUCCGGCAAGAAAAGCGUGCCUUCGAAUGUCACUCGUCUGUGCCGCUCGUUGAAUCCGGUCGGAACGGACAAGGAUGGAAAGGAAUGGCAGCAGGUGGUCUGGUAUGACUCGGGCAUCGGUACCCAUUCACUUGCGUUGGGGGACGCGCUUGAGGGUUUGACGGGACAAGGGAUGGAGACGAAUGUCAUUGAGGCGUACAAUUUUGUCGUGCUCAAUUAUAAUCCAGGCGACAAGAUCAUGUGCUUUGGAUUUUCCAGAGGGGCGUACACGGCGAGGACUAUUGCCGGACUCAUCUCGGAUAUUGGAGUCUGUCAGCAAAGUGAUCUGAACAGAUUUCCUGAUCUGUGGGCCGUGUACAAAAAGGUCAAGCACGGGAAGCGAUUUCACCGAAGUGAUCUCUGGUUUGACUGGAUGUGGGGGAAAGCAGACGAGCACCAGGGCGCAGGAGAUGCAGAUCAUCGCGAUUUCGUCUACGAAAGCGUUCCCCAGGGUGAUUGGGCUCAGGAUGGUUCGCGGGAGGUGGAAGUGGUCGGUGUGUUUGACACUGUCGGCUCCUUGGGAAUGCCCGAGGUAUUCGGCAUUAAGUUUCCAAACAGUGAAAACUGGCACAACGUUGGUUUGUCACCGAAUAUCCCCAAUGCAUUCCAAGUUCUUGCUUUGGACGAGCGCAGAAACGCGUUCUCACCCACUCUGUGGUACCUUGACAAGAAGACGGUAACCAAAGAGCAGGUCGAUGCUCUGGUUGAGGCCGAGAAGGAAGCCGAACGAGAGUACUGGGCUACAUUACAGUACGCCAUCGACUUGAAAAAGACCGGUAUGGCCACCGAUGAACAAGUCAAUGCUCAGGCAAGAAAAGUCAACGAGGCGGCACGAGCGUGGAAUAAAGCCUCCCGAAAGCGAGUGAGAUAUCAAAAUCGAUUCGAGCAGCAUCCCGUUCUCCGACAAGUGUGGCUGCCAGGCUAUCACAUCAAUAUCGGCGGAGGAGAUCCUGCAACCCUCGAAAAUGAGGGCAACAUGGAGAAUAUGGCCAACAUUGCCUUUGCGUGGAUGUUGGAUCAGAUCAAGGAAUAUGUCUCUGUCAAUGAGCAAAUCGUCAUGGAUGAACAAACCAAGAGCGAGCAACACAUCGAACAGCUCAAUUCCAUGAGCCGGGUUGCAGAAGUCCAGCGCAAAAAUGCCAAGUCCAACGUCCUGACCAAAUGGACAAAAUCAGUCACAGACGCCGCCAUGGGAGUCAUUCAAGCCCCAUUGAAAUUGUUCAAGAAGGCUGCAGUCCAAAAGCUCUACGAGAUCGGGUGGGGAACGGGUAUUCUGGUGGAUAGCUACACAAUCACAUACUGGGCAAACGGCCAAAAACGGCGCACGCCGGGCGAGUACGUCCAGGACAAGGAUGAAGCCUUGGUUGACACGUGCGAAUUCAUUCACCCGGUGGUCCAUUACCGAGUCCAAUGGGCUCAAAAGAGGAAUCAACAAGAAUCUUCGCAUCCGCUAUAUCUGCCAGUUGGUCCCAAGUUCAAAUACGACCGACGAAAACAGAUUGACAAGGCUGGAGAGCCAUAUUUCGAAUAUGAGAUAGGUGGCUGUCAGAAACCACUACCAGAGUGGAAGCUUGGAGGUUUGGGAUCCUAUGAACGACGAGCCAUUGCGGGCCAGGAAGCGUACGAUUAUGUUGACAAGUUGGACGAGGAGCUGAAAACGGGGAUUCGAACAAUUCGUCGGUCAACGGCCCCACCGGUCGAAACCAACACACAACGAUGGAAGGAGUUCAUCAAGUCCAAUAUGGUUGGCGUCUCUGUUCAUGGUUCAACGCUGGUGGACAGUACUGUCAAGGGCAACCUUUGCAGAGACCCAGUUGUGGGCAAGUAG